UCGUAACCUCACCUCGUACACUGUCUAUCGUUCCUUCAUCGCCCCUCGCCGCAGGAAAGAUGGCCUCGUCUUCUUCCUCUGCCAUGUCCUCUGCACCUGGCCCAUCCUCUGCGUCCUUUCUUGCGGCAGGCCAACGAGGGUCCAUCUCCAGCUCGCGGCGCAGAUCCUCCCACACUAUCCGCUCCGUGGCAGCACGCCGUCACUCCACUGCGGAGAUCAACGAAGAGGACGAGGAGGUGGUGGAUCCUUUCCUCAUCUCCCUCGAUAGCGACGACUUUGAUCCUGCCUCUUGGCUCGAUGCCCAGCUCGACAGCUCCUCUCCGCAGAACUCGGCCGCUUCUGCUCCCUUGCCCUCACUAGAUACUUCCCUCUCUGGCCUCCUCACCAAGAUCUCCCUUGCGAGAAGCGAUGUCAGCGCGAGUGUGGAUCGAGAAAUUGCGGCAGCUAAAAGGAAUGUGCCGAGGAUAAUGGGAGAGCUGGGCUGGAUAGGCAAGAGCGUCGAAGGACUAGACGCGAAGCUCACGGACCUGGGAAGACAAGCACUACCAUCCGGCUCGGGCAGCCAGACAAGCAGAGCCACAGAAGCCAAUGGCGAGGUCGGCAAUGGGAUCACAGAUCCAGAGAAAGACUCAGCAAAGCAAGAUCCGCUAGCUCGCCUAGCCGAUCUACACAAGCUCCAUACUCACCUCGGCUCGUACAGAGCCCUACUUCGCCUCGCAUCGUCCUGGUCAACCCUCUCUUCAGACGUCUCCCUGCUCCUCACGGAAGCUUCGCAGAGUACAACUUCCUCUGUAGAUUCCCUCGCCAAUUUCAAUUCGGCAUCGCUCCGGCUCAAGGAAGCAAGAGAGAGCCUGGAGGUGUUUGGUUCGGAGAAGGAAGGAAAGGAGAAGGCUGCACUGCUGGGUCGUUUGACGGACAGCUUCGAAGCUGCUGUCGGACCUAAGCUGGUGGCCAAGGUCAGGAGCCUGCAAUCUGAUACAGGUGGUAUAGGUACUGCCUCACCGGCCUCUAGCGAGACUCUGGAGAUUAUCAAGUCUUAUGCUAGCGUACUCACACGCGUCGGUAGAGGGGCAGCGUUCGGAGAGUACUGGAGAGGGACCCGAAGACAGGCCAUUCUCGAGCACUGGUCAAAGGCGCAACUCCUCGAAGCUCAAUCUGCCAGCUCAAGUAAUAUUCCCGCAUCUCCCAACGCAACAGCGCUCUCGGUAUACCUCCCUUCCUUCUUCUCAAGCCUCCUCAACCUUCUCGCUACCGAGAGGAUAUACAUGCCGUUACUAUACCCUUCCAAUCAACACGAAGCCCUAGACCUGUUCCUCACGUCCACCCUAUCCAUGCUCAAACCAUCGCUCAGAGAGCGCAUAGCUAGUGUAAAGCAGUACCGCAAAGACGAGAGUCUCAAUGAGUCUCUCAGACUAGUGCGGACAAUACGAGAACGGGGACGAGAGAUGGAGAAGAUUCUGGCUCGCCUAGCAGCUGCUACUGCCACUCCGGUCGCAGAGGCGGAUGUGCAUGGCAUGAGGAAGACGAGCUCGCAGACUUCGCUGGAGAACCCUGUAACCUCGCCGCCUUUGGCCAAGUCAUCUGAACAUGCCAGCGGUGGCCAGAGCUAUCUGGACGUUCAAGCGACACCACUCGGGAGGAGACGGUCCUCAGCAAGGAGACCAUCGGCAGCACUUCCGCCGUCGAACCGCCGCAUAUCGAUGGUGGGAGCAGAAGGGCAGGCCAAUGGAAAUAGCCCUUCCAUUGCUCAAACUCAAGCGCAGGCGGUAGACUUCGAAUUCGCAGACGUCCUGUACUCAUCUCUUCUGCCUAUGUGGGAGACGUACGCAGAAUCCGAGCUGGCUCUAUUCCAGAACAGCUGGUCUCGCGAGAGCAAGGCUCUCUCUCUGCUCCACUCAAACCAUGCUUCUGACGGUUCAGUAGGCGAUGAGAUGCUACCUUCAGCUCUAGACAGGCUCCAAAGGUCGUUCUCAGCUCUGUCAGACUCGAGCGAGGACGCAUUGUCCCGAUGUCUUGAGUUGACGAGGGGACUCGGCGCUCGAGGCAUGCUCAACGCACUCGAUGCAGUCGUCUCCUCGAGCAUCGAGGCCUCUGCAAGGGAAGUCGAGGAGAGUUGCAGACGGACAUGGUCCAGCUUAGUAGGUCCUAACAGCCAUGCUCCUGUGGGCAGGGAAUGGAGCGCAUUCGGCAGAAUCAUCACUGCUCUGGCUGGACUCAGGACGGUCUUCAAAAAGGCAGAAGACCUGCAAGCACUCCUCGUGGAGGGCCUUCGGGAGAGCGCAAACCUACUCCUCACCUUCUCGCCAGGUGCUGCUGUCAGCAUCAAGGACCAGGCCUUGCCGGACAAGCUGGCAAAGCUGAAAGGAACCAAUGGGUCUGGUAUCAAUGGGCCUGUACCCACGUCCGCAGAGAUGCUGGUCCUGCUGGAGUCCUCUCUUGCAUCGUCUGAGCAAGAGAAGGCUACACGUGAGCAAAUCGUGACCCUGGCGGCUGCUCGUCACUCGAUCAUUGCCAGUGGCGCAUCGGCAAUGCACUCGCAUAACACCCUAGUACGACCACAGGCACUGCCUCUACUGCCUCGUCUAUCUCAGUCACUCCCGACCGUCCUCAAUCCACUUCUGCACUCAAUGCUAGUCCUUCCGCUGGUCCCUGUCCUCUCUCUCCUCUCCCAGUACCCCUCGUUGCCAACAUGGACUUCCACUACUCUCCCUGGACAAGUCUCAAACGAGUACCAGCUUGCAAUGCCGAGCUUCUCCCUCGGCCCGACUGAGGUGAUGCAGACGGUGGGAGAAAGUGUACUUGGCCUGGUACGAGAGCUGGAGAGUUGGAUGGGCGAGGCUGGCUGGAAGUGGGGUGUAGAGCUCCUCUUGCUCAGAGAGCGAGGUACAGAAGAUGACUCGGCGGGCGCUACUGCGGAGGAAGCAGCUGGAAAGAAGGAGCGUGAGAAGAAGGAGAGGAGGAGGAGCUCUAUGCUUCCUCCUGGUAGGUCGGAAUCCAAUGGAUCUACAUCUACGACUACGACGACGGGCAAGGACCACAGGAGACGCUCCUCCUUCCUCCCGCCCACCGCCUCGAACCAGGGCAGGGACUCGUCCUCGCCAACUCGUCAUCGCUCCCAGGCAUCGAUCAUCUCCCCGCAACAGGAGCUGAACCUCAGCGGCGGUCUUACUGUGCCGAAUCGAGACACCCUCACUCUCACAGGCGAGACGAGCACCUCACCUGCCGAAGUCACACCUCCCUUUUCGCGGCGAGAUACAGGGCAAGAAGACGGCGCCUCUUCCGAAGCCCUCAGCGACCUAGCCACAGCUAUGCAACCAACCUCUUCAGAGCAGGAGCAGCAAUCUCAAUCGCAAGUCCACUCCGAAUCCCUCCUCCCAGUCUUCAUCUCCCGCCUCCUCUCCUACCUCAUCACCCACCUUCUCACGCACAUCCUCCCUGCUCUACCACCCAUUGAGCGGAUCAGCGAUGCAGGCUGGAGACAGCUCGAGGCUGAUUUGGAGUGGUUGAAGAGGGUGGUGGGGGUGCUGGAGGGGGGAGGUUCUGCUGAGAUUGAGAGCGAGAGAGAAGCAGGCACGGAGGCAGGGCCUGAUGGGGAAGAGCAAGCGACAAGCGAGCUACAGCGGCUGGACAGCUGGAGAAAGGUAGUUGGUCUAGGCGUGGGCCACCCUGCUCUUUUGCCACUCGCCUCCAGUCCCGCCUCUACCUCUGCCACUGCGACUACUGCCACGGGCAAGGCAGCCGCAGCAGCGGCGGCGGCGCGUGAUGAGUUUGGGUAUGUACCCUUCUACGCCUCCCCCUCCACUGCAGGUGCAAGUGGCAGAGCGCCCACCGUCCCUGGCACUGGGCCAAGCGCCCUCGACCCCAUCUCUGUACGCCAGAUGCUCCAAUCGCAGCGACGCAGUGGAGCUAGCACACCUACUGGCGGUGCCGCUGGCAGGCCUGACUCGAGGGGUCCUCCUCCUACUAGCGGUGCAGGUGGGAACGGAAGCGGUACUGCGGGAGGAGGAGGAGGGGGAGGGAGACAGGUAGACUUGAACGCUAUGAGUGUUAAUGUUGGUAUGGGCUGGUGAGAGCAGAGAAGGAAGAAGGGGAAAAGUGCAUGGAAAGGGACACUUGUACUUUGCUCGGGUCGCUCAUGAGUAUGAGCACACAACAGAACACCACAGCACCACAGCACCACACAUCACACAAUAGCACUUUGCGUUGUAGAUGCAACGUCGUAAUCAUUUCAUAGUCACUGCAUCGAACCGCCUCCUCCACCCUUCAUGACCAAUACACAAAAGGGGAUAUCGCCCGCACAAAGUGACCCAUCGCUCCACCGCUUCCCUCCUACUGCCCCUCCUUCUAAAAGGAGAGUCAAAAGGCGAAAACAAAGAAG